AUGAAGCAAUGGUUUGAUUAUUUUUUCGUCGUCGGAUUUGGAGUAAUGCUCGGAAUUACAAUUACCCUAAUCUGCCGCCGCCUAUUCCUCCUCCGGCAGCACCGCCGGACUUCCCCAGCGGCGACGAAUUCCACCGGAAAUCACUGUCCAAUCGCCGCCGGCGACAAUUCCGGCGUCUAUUUCAAAUGGGAAGACAAUCCGACGCUCGUAAGAGAAGCGACGGAUUAUGGAUGGCCACGAUUUGCUUUCACGGAGCUGACGUCAUCGCCGUCGCUCCGACUCGCCGCCGGCGACGAUGUGAAUUACCGGAACGCCGAGGUCGGUUGGGAGCUUCCGGAAGGUUCGGCCGAUUAUAUGCAGAGAGUCAGGCUGAAUCCUGGCAUUAAGAAAAUUUCUCCGGCGGGGGCGAUAACGGUCACCCGGGCAGCAUUGCCGUUGCCAGGGCCGCAAUCGACGGAUUCGAUUUUUCCGGCGGAGGCAUAUUUUGAGAUCACAAUUGUCCCAGGCGAAAAUGACAAUGACAACGAUAACAUCAAUGCGGCUGAAAACGAGGUUUCGUUUUCGAUGGGGCUUAUACCCGGUGGCGCUAUGCCGCUAAAAAUCCCUGGUCGCCGCCGAGGAUCCGUAGGCUUCAAUUCGGCCGGCGAUCUAUUUUUCGAUGGAAACAAACUUGCGCGGCCGAGGAAAGGCGGACGAUGGGAAGCCGCCGGGCAAGUGAUCGGGUGCGGCUACAAUCCGUCGCAAAAGCGGGUAUUUUUCACCGUAGAUUCACAUCUGGUGUACGAAGUUCAUUGCGACUCGCCGGAAUUCGGGCAUCCUCUUUACCCGGCACUCGCCUCCGACGGGGACAUUGCGGUUCUCGUCAAUCUUGGACAAUGUAUGUUCAAAUACACGGCGGCAAACAUGCAAAGAUCGCCCAAUCCUUGCAUCUUUAAUCAUCACGGGAGGUCGACAUCUUUUGGCUCCGACGACAUGUUCUCCAUCGGAAGAAUUGACUCGCAAUGGAGACAGCUAAGCACGGCGAGAAUCAGCAGCAAUGCCGCCGCCGGAAGUAGGGCUGGCGCGGCGGAGACGUCCGAUAUGGAGUCAGAAGCCGAGCUUUUCGAGAUUGUGUUGGACAUUUCGGGGCGGCGAUCGCCGGCGGUGCCGUACAAGAAAAUCUAG